GGGAGGAGAACGUUUCGAGGAACGACCGGAGUGAAGGCUUGACGACAUCACUGCUGCAGCCUAGACAUUGAGAAGCCCAAUUCGAUUGAAACGCUGCUCUUUUUUGGCGCGAGGUCAUCUUCGGAAUUUCUUCAAGUGGCCUCCAGUACAGUGUGGUGAGUUACCUGCCCAUUCCUAGCAAUGCCGCCUCCUUGCUCUCUCCUGUGCCGCCUGGCCACGCUUCUCUGUGUGUGGGCACUUUGCCAGGCCCAGUUGGAUACCAAACUACCCCCUGGCACCCCCAUCAUCCAGCUGCGUCUGGCAGGGGACAAACACAAGCACUACGAGGGCCGGGUUGAAGUCUACUAUAAUGGAGAGUGGGGCACGGUGUGCGACGAUGACUUCUCCAUCCAUGCAGCCAACGUCGUGUGCAGGGAGCUGGGCUAUGUGGAGGCUGUAUCCUGGUCUCCUUCUUCCAAGUAUGGCAAGGGAGAAGGUCGGAUCUGGUUGGACAACGUCCACUGUUCGGGACUAGAGAGAACCCUGGCCCAGUGUGAGUCCAAUGGCUUCGGAGUUUCCGACUGCAAACACUCUGAGGACGUGGGAGUGGUGUGUAGCCAGAGACGAAUCGCCGGCUUCAAAUUCAUCAGUACCCUCACCAACAAUGUGGAAAGUCUGAAUGUCCAGGUGGAAGAUGUGCGUAUCCGGGCCAUCUCCUCCCAGCGUAAAAGGGUUCCCAUGACGGAGGGCUACCUGGAGGUGAAGGACGGGGGGAAGUGGAGACAGAUCUGUGACUUGGGGUGGACUGAGAUGAACAGCCGGGUCAUCUGUGGGAUGUAUGGCUUCCCUGGAGAGAAAAGAUACAACACUAAAGUCUACAAGCUGCUGUCCAAGCGCAGGAAGAAGAACUACUGGGGCUUCGGGGUGAACUGCACGGGGAACGAGGCCAGCCUGCAUGGCUGUAAGCUGGGCCACAAUGUGGAGCUGAGGGGGAAUGCCACCUGUGAGAAGGGCUUGCCCGUGGUGGUCAACUGUGUUCCAGGACGGGCCUUUGCUCCCAGCCACGCCCAGGGCUUCAGCAAGGCCUACAGGGUGGAGCAACCCCUGGUCCGCCUGAGAGGCGGGGCCAACAUAGGGGAAGGGCGAGUGGAAGUGCUGAAAAAUGGUGAAUGGGGCACCGUCUGCGAUGACAGCUGGAACCUGGAGUCAGCCACCGUGGUGUGUCGAGAACUGGGCUUCGGUAGUGCCAAGGAGGCCCUCGCUGGAGGCAAACUGGGACAAGGAAUGGGCCCGGUCCAUAUGAAUGAGGUGAAGUGUUCUGGCUUUGAGAAAUCCCUCACUGAGUGUUACUUCAAUAGAGAUGCCCUGGGCUGCAGUCACGAGGAGGACGCUGCAGUUCGAUGUAAUGUUCCUGCCAUGGGCUUCCAGAACAGACUGCGUCUGAGCGGUGGGCGGAACCCAUUUGAAGGGCGUGUGGAGGUGCUGGCGGAGAAGAACGGCUCGUUGGUGUGGGGUACGGUGUGCAGUGACAGCUGGGGUACCAUAGAGGCUACAGUUGUGUGCAGACAGCUGGGUCUCGGUUUUGCCAACAACGCCUUCCAGGAGACGUGGUACUGGCAAGGAGACGUGAGUGCUGAUGACGUGGUGAUGAGCGGGGUCAGGUGCUCGGGGACAGAGAUGACUCUGGCCCAGUGCCUCCAUCAUGGGAAACACCUCGACUGCCCCCGAGGGGGUGGACGUUUCGCUGCUGGAGUCUCCUGCUCUGAGACGGCCCCAGACUUGGUUCUAAACGCCCAGGUGGUGGAACACACCACGUACCUGGAGGACCGGCCCAUGUACAUACUGCAGUGUGCCAACGAGGAGCACUGUCUGUCCAGCAGCGCCGCCGCCGCCACAUCGUCCUCCUACCGCCGCCUGCUGCGCUUCUCCUCCCAGAUACACAACAACGGACUGACAGACUUUCGCCCCAGGGCCGCACACAACUCCUGGAUCUGGCACGAGUGCCACAGGCACUACCACAGCAUGGAGGUGUUCACCCACUAUGACCUACUGAGCCUCAACGGCACCAAGGUGGCAGAGGGACACAAGGCCAGCUUCUGUCUGGAGGACACCCAAUGUGAAGAGGGUAUUGAGAAGAGGUACGAGUGUGCUAACUUCGGGCAGCAGGGCAUCACUGUUGGGUGCUGGGAUACGUACAGACACGACAUUGACUGUCAGUGGAUAGACGUGACAGACGUUGUGCCAGGAGACUACAUCUUCCAGGUUGUGAUCAACCCUAACUUUGAGGUAGCCGAGUCCGACUACACCAACAACGUUAUGAAGUGCAGGUGUCGAUACGACGGCCACAGGAUAUGGAUGUACAACUGUUAUAUAGGUGGCUCAGUGAGCUCCGAGUCAGAGGAAUCCUCUUUCAGUGGCCUCAUGAAUAACCAGCUGGGACACAGGUAGUGUGGACGGACUCGAUGGAAAGACCAGGAGGAACAUUUUAUUUUGCGAAACUGAUGAAUGACCGACCAGCAAGACUGUUGUGAAAUGACCAACCGCUAGAGGGAGCGUUGUUCCAUCUGUUCCCUCCCUAACGGUGCUGAAUGAAAAUAGAAAAGCAAAGCUCACCUCAGUGCCAAUGUUUUAUAUAAGGACGUUGCAGACGAAAAAACCCUGUUUUAAAUAUCCAGCUUGAAGAAGCAACUCUGUCUUUACUGUUCUCACAAAUUUCUGUCACAUGUACAGCAGAGUGCUGGUGCUAUCAAAUCCGAGCUAUUUAGUUUCCUGUACCCAACCUUUGUGGUCCACCGUAAGGAAAGUGAUAUUUUUCGACACCUGCUGCACUUUGAGACAGUGUCCUGUAUUGUUUAUUAUUAUUUUUUUAGGACAAUGUGUUGAGCAGGCAAUUAACUAUGCACCUAUGAACACUAGCGUAACGCUAGUCCCAUGCUGUCCCCAGAGUAGUGCUGAGCGAUUAACUGAAGUGUUAUUUUUCGGUUUUUAAACAACAACAACUGACGUUGAAUCAAUUAUUUGUAUUUCAUUUACGUUAUUUUUCCUGUAAGAUCAAUGCACACAGUUUCUCUAAAGAUAAAUCAGAUCUGUUCUGUGUUUCUGUUAUGACUGCGACACAAGAGAGAAGAAUGCGCGAUCAUUAAGGGAUAUAGAGAGCAGCUGUUGUUCCGUGAGGUAAACACAUGAUCUAAGUGGUUGAUAGUUGGUAUUCAGCCGUCAUAAAAGUGUGCCUCAUUUCAUUUGAAGAACUGCAAAAUAGUGAUUUCUUUUCAGACAGCAUUAGGCAGCAGCUCUUUAGAGAUGAGAUGACUUGGAAUUAAAUAAUAUAUUCAUUAAAAAAAUAUAAAAAAUGUAAUAUACACCACAACUGAAAUAUUUUAUUAAAGUAAUGUGAAUAAAUGAUGGUUAGUAAUUGAUAAGCAGU